AUGGCGGAGUUUGUACAGCAAAGCAUCGAAGAGAUGCUGCCAGAGCUGCAGCAGAUGGAACGAGUCGGCCUCUUUACAAAGGAAGAGACUCGACAAAUUCUUCGCAGAAGAAAAGGAUAUGAGUACAAGCUGCGCAGAAGAACAAAGUGCAAAGAAGAUUUUCUUCAAUACAUACAGUAUGAAAUAAAUGCACUGGGAUUAGUCAAAAUGAGGAGAGAGAAAAUUGGGUAUUCAUUCAAAAAGCUGGAGAUAGACAUUGCAAUUGUCCAGAGAAUUCACCAGCUGUUUAGGUUGGCUACAACUCGAUUCAAGGAUGACAUAAAGCUGUGGCUAUCCCAUAUAGAAUUUGCCAAGGAAAGGCGUGAAAAGGCGACAGUUAGCAGGCUGUUUACAAACAUGUUACAAAUCCACAACAAGAAACCAGAUUUAUGGCUAUUAGCAGCUAAAUGGGAGUUCGAGGAGAAUGUUAAUUCUGAGAAUGCUCGGAGUCUCUUACAGAGGGGAUUACGGUUUAAUUCAGACUCCAGAAAACUCUGGUUGGAGUAUUACAGAAUGGAACUUUUGUUUGCAGAAAAGAUGAGAAAACGAAGAGAAGUUCUGGGUGGCCCACUCCCUGAGGAUGAGACUGAGGUGUCAGAUGCCGUACUUCAGGGAGCAGUGGCUCGGGUUGUUUAUCAGCAGGCACUAGAGGCUAUCCCAGGUAAGGGGGAAUGGUGUAUAAGCAGGCACUAG